AUCAGUGACAGCAAGAAAGACAGCAGAAAGGGACAGAGGAAAAUACAUUUUAGACAGUAAAUUACUGAGAUAUGGACAUAGAAGAGGACAUCUAUAACAACAUAGAGGAUGUCAGUGUGAAAGACUGUAAUGAUCUGACUACAGUUGAUGUGUUUUUACACCACAAUCCACAGGUUGGAACAAGACUGAAGACUGGGAAUAAGAACUCUCAGCCUUCCAGACUGGUUACUGUUUCUCUGGGACUGCUGUGUGUUCUCCUACUGGCUACAGUCAUAAGCCUGUCUGUACAUUAUGGAGACUACAGUCGACUUGUUCUUCUAACAACCAACGACACCACAGAGAAAGAAACAACUCUUAGAAGUUGUGGAAACCUGACUCAAGAGAAAGACCAAUUGAAGAGAGGGAAAGAUAAGCUACAAACCAGUUAUAACGGCAUGAUUAAAGAAAGAGACCAGUUACAAAGUAAUGUUAUUUCUAUGACCAAAGAUAGAGAUGAGUUGAAAAGUAAUUACUUUGCCAUUAUCAGAGAGAGAGACCAAUUACAGAGAAAUUGUAUCGCCUUGACUAGAGAGAGAGACCAUAUACAGAAUAGCUGCACCAGUGAAAAAUAUCAGUCACAAAGGAGAAUUUCUGAGCUGGAGAAAAAGAUAGAAGAAGAACUGGGAUGCUGUUCUGGAUGGAGAAGAUUUCAAUUAAGUUGUUAUUACCUUUCACUUGAGAGUAAAACGUGGAAGGAAAGCAGAGCAGACUGUAUGAAUAGAGGAGCAGACCUGGUGAUUAUAAACAGCAGAGAAGAACAGGUGUUUCUAAACCAACUGGGAAACCAUUUUUGGAUUGGUUUGACUGACACAGAGAAGGAGGGGACCUGGAAAUGGGUGGAUGAAACUACACCAACCCAAACGUUCUGGAGACUUGGAGAACCAAACAACGCCAAAUGGAAUGAGAACUGUGGAGUCUUCAAAAAGAUUAAUGAUAAUUUCUGGCAAAUUUUACGAUCAUGGAAAGAUGAGCCAUGCUCAAUUACAACUUACUGGGUAUGCGAGAGACCUCUUAAAAUGUCAUAACAUAACAAAAUCCCCCAAUAAGGUUGUGGUUAUGCCUGAAGUACCUUAUCAAUUAGCAAUAGCAUUAGCAUAUAUUAUCGUAGAUGAGUACUUUCAAUCAUAAUGUAGUUAUGAUUAGUAAUGAUUGAUUUAUCAUAGAAUUGGCCAAAGAACCAUUGUGUUAUUUAAGUACAACUCAAUCUGCUAGCCAAUGUAGUGAAGUGAUAUGCAUAUCAAACUGUAUUAUUAAAAAGUCAGACAAGCCCCAAAUUUAUUUUACUAUGACAUGGAAGCUAAAAGAAAACACACGAAUGCUGAUCAUUUUU